GCGUUCGUCGGCGGAACCUUUGAACGUAGUGCUCGCUUUGACAGGGGAAGAGCGCCGGAAGGAACGUGUCGGAACAAUUUGGAACAAAAGGAAGAGGAGGAAAGGGAAUCAUGGCCGCUAUGGUUUGCAGUGUUCUAGGGAGGAAAAAGUUGACAAGUUUGGUGACGGCUUCUGUCUGCUUCACGCAUCCUGGCACUCACUCAGUGCUGUGGAGCCGAGGUUGUUCUCAGUAUAAACAGGUAACCAGCAAUGAGGACAUGCCUGUUGCAAUGGAAAAUCCUUAUAAGGAGCCUCUUAAGAAAUGUAUCUUGUGUGGAAAACGUGUAGAUUAUAAGAAUGUACAGCUUUUGUCCCAGUUUAUUUCCCCAUUUACUGGAUGCAUUUAUGGAAGACACAUAACAGGUCUUUGUGGGAAGAAACAGAAAGAAAUCACAAAAGCGAUUAAAAGAGCUCAAAUAAUGGGGUUUAUGCCAGUUACAUAUAAGGAUCCUGCGUAUCUCAAAGACCCUAAAGUUUGCAACAUCAGCUAUCGGGAAUAAGUGACAUGUUACCACCAAUAAACUUACUUUACAGUAAGUGAUUGUAUGUUGCCAAUAUUGACUCAAACAAACCUUUGGGUAGAAAAGUGAUUCAAGAGUGAAGCUUCACCUCCAUACCAAUGAAUAUCCAUUAAACAGAUUGUUUAUUUAAAAUGGUAGUAUGCAUGACAUUUUAGAUUCUUUGAAUAAAAGUGGUACUAUGUGAUUGCCAUUUAAA